CGCAGCACGAUGAAUUGACUGUUUUAUGCCCGAGGGUCAAAAAAAUAUCUAUUAAGAACGCCACAGUCUGCAGAAUUCAAAGGAUAAUGUGCAACAGCGCUAAUCAAUGGAAUAGCAUGCAUGACUUGGUUGUUGAAUUCAAAAAGUUUAGUGAGGCUGAAGUUGACAAAGUCUCUGAUGAUAAUUGUAUGUUGGCCACAUCUACGUUUGCCAGAAAUAUGGUUGCUAGUAUCCCCAACAUCAACAAGCUAAACCUCGACUCUUAUUAUAGUGGAUGUGACGCAUAUACAAAGCGUUUUUGCAACAUUGCUUUCAACAGCUACGCUCACCAAUUAAAAUCUUACAGUUCCAAUGUCCCUGUUGUGCUCACCGCCACCACGUUUUCACCCGAGCUCAUAAAAUUGAGAAUAACCAUUGACUGGACAAAUAUCUCACCGCUUCCCAAAAUAAAUGCAUCGACCAUCACAAUUAUCUCCAUAAAGGGAUGUCUAGGCAGCCUUUCUUGGAAUAACUUUGCGAGCAAAGGCGAGUCGACAAAUAUUGAAUUUAGCAAUUUGAAAAGCAUAGUUGUAGAGCACACCGACAAAAGAACCUUGCCAGAUUUGGCAGGCCACAAUAAUAGCAAUACAAACAUUGCCGAACGAGCGUUCCAGUUGCACAUGCCGAGCUUAACUUUUAUUACUCUCACCGAUAUUGAUGACGACAGCAAGUUGUUGACUGCAUCUAUCAACUUUAAACAUAUCAGCAGAGCAAACAUAACAGGCUCAUACAAGAUUCUAAAGCUGUUUAAACAUUCGCAUGAAGGAAAAAUGUCCUACUGUGACGUUGAAGUGAGCGUGAGCCCUGAUGACGACAUAAAUGAGUUUUAUGAGCUGACAAACAUUAUCUUUGGAAGUACCAUCAAGCUUAACCGCGCAUCACUCAUACUAAAUAUGGACAAAUCGGGAUGGAAUACCCAGCCAAUAUUGUGGGCCAAUCUUUAUGACCUAGAAAUUAAGCAGUCUAUACAGUUUGACACCCUUGUGGAACUGCUGUCAAAGAUGCCUAGAAUGAACGAGUUGACAGUAAAUGAUAUAUUGUGCAAUGAUUUAUCAUAUAUAUCAAUUUACCGAGUAAAGUGCAUAUCGACUAGUGUUACCAAGCUGAAGCUUGAUUUUACUUCUAAAGGCAUCCCUAAAGGUACGAUGAAUGCUGUCGUCAAAUACUUAAUAUUGUCGAUGCCAUCGCUAAAGGAAAUGUCUUGGACAGGUGGCCAUUUUGACCAUGUUACAUUUGUUGAAAUGUACAAGAGUGUUUAUCCUCAUUUGGCAAGCAUGCGGUUUUAGACAAAUGCGCUGAAAAAUUCACGUUAUAGGAAUAUAUUUAUUAUUUUGGAUAGUUGAAAGCAAUCAUUGUCGAACUACCACAUGCAUUGUUUUCCCCUUUGCGUUCAAAUAACUUGUUUU